CAUUAGUUUUGCAAUUUUUAUUCAUUACUUUUUCCCCAAUCAUUCAGUCAAUUAGUAUUGAGGACUAAGAAGAAUAAUCUUAAGAAUACAACAAAGAAAAGUUUCACUUCACAACUAAAACGACUGAUAUUGUGUUUGACUUUUGUUUGGGAAAAACUCACAAAAAUACUAAUAAUCAUAAAAGUGAAGCAAACGUAAAGCUAAAGACAAGUUGAGGACAGAAAAGAGGGAAACGACAAGUCUUUUGUUGUUUGUGUCAACGUUUGGCUCAAAGGCCUUAACUCAUCCACACAUUGAACACUCUGUAUAUCUAUAGAUAUCAUAUAUACAGACCAUAGUUAACGAUUCAAGUGAUGACUGUAUGUUCAGACAGUCAGUCGAGGCAUACAUUGUUUUGUAGCCUAAGAUCGCGAUUCAAUGGAUUGGAGUCAGUUGUGAGACAUCAAAGACAAUAUGUCAACCAAAAACUACAUCUUCUCAGCACUGGAUGUCUCAACAGAGCAUUGAUAUUAAGAAAUGUUUAUCUAUUGGUGGCAGUGGUGUGUUAUGUAUGUUACUGGCCAUCAAUAUGGGGUCAGAUGGUGUUUGAUGACAGGCCGGCCAUUAUUGACAACAAAGACUUGCGGCCAAACACACCACUGUAUCGGCUAUUUGUCGACGAUUUUUGGGGCACACCGUUACAUAUGGAGAACAGUCACCGAAGCUACCGACCCCUCACAACACUGACAUUGCGAUGGAAUUUCGCGAUUCAUGGAUUAAAUCCAAUGGGAUAUCACUUAAUAAACAUUACAUUGCAUUCAAUCGUUUGUAUACUCUUUUAUAGUUACUGUCGACUAAUAUUCUGUGAUUUGAUGACAUCUUUAAUAACAGCCCUACUCUUUGCCGUACAUUCAAUACAUACCGAUUCCGUGGCUUCAAUUGUCGGGAGGGCUGAACUGCUUUCGGCGAUAUUUUAUUUGUCUGUCCUAUUGAUAUGGACUUCAAAUAUGUUUAAACAAAAACAUAGAUUAGUUGUGAGUAUUUUGCUUUCGUGGUUAGGAUUCUUGUGUAAAGAACAGUCACUGACUGUACUGAUAGUCUGUGCCAUUCAUGAACUCAUCCAAAGACGAUAUUCACCGAACAAAGAAAACAAAGUGAAUUAUUCAGCAAAUAAUUUGAACACAAUUAUAACCAGAGUUGGAAACAUAAGAAAAUCACAGAUCGCUGGCAGGAAAGUCGUUAAAAACAUAUUUAUUUUAUUGUCUGCCUUUGUGUCGGCACUCAUAUUCAGAUUAUAUUUAAUGGGUUAUAAACUACCAAAAUUCAAUCGGUUUGACAACCCUGCUUCCUAUGCGGACACACCGAUCAAACAAUUAACGUAUAGUUAUUUGGUUGCCUUCAAUGGUUGGCUUCUGUUAUUUCCGUGUGAUUUAAGCUGUGAUUGGACUAAUGCAUCCAUACCUCUGGUGUCAAACCUAAUGGAUCCAAGAAUUUGGACAAUUGGGGCCUUCUUUGCUCUUUUGUUUACUUUGUUAUACUAUGCCUUAAUCAAGAGCCGAGACAACAAACUAUUUUUGGUGCUAACUCUGUUGGUGGUGCCAUAUAUUCCCGCAUCCAAUAUAUUUUUCCCGACGGGUUUUGUUAUCGCUGAAAGAGUACUUUAUUUGCCUUCAAUGGGAUUCACUUUACUCAUAGGAAUGGGAGCUAAAAAUUUACUCAACUAUUGGACAAACCAUAAGACGAGUAUUAAGACAAUAAUAGGCCUUCUGUUGAUCUCUCAUUCCGUUAAAACAUAUUACAGAUGUAAUGAAUGGAACAAUGAGUACACACUGUAUACGUCUGGUCUUAAAGUGAAUCCAAUGAACACUAAACUACUCAACAAUUUAGGCCGUCUUUAUGAAAGGGAUGGCAACUAUGAUGUAGCCAUCAAUUACUUUAGAGAAGCAGUACGUAUUGAGCCGUUAGAUGUAAGAGGACAUCUCAAUUUAGGCAACAUUUUACUCAAAAUUAAUAACUCAAGAGAGGCUGAAAGUUCAUACCGUACGGCCAGUGCUCUGUUGGAAGAGUCGGCUAAAAGUUACCAUCAAAUAUCAUCCAUGCAUUUGACGGCAUUGUUCAGACUCUCGCAAUUGAUUUCCAGUAGAGAACAACAUAAAAAUAAAGAUCAAAGACUAGAAUCGGCGGACUCUUUGAUAUUAAAUAACGAUUUCAAACCAGCAUUUGAAAGCUGGUCUCAGUCUGUAAUGCAUUCAAGAGUUGCCAAUCGACGCAUUGAAGCGGCAGUAAUGUUGGCCAAUGCUCUUCACUAUGAAAACUCUGAUCCCGAUAUCCUUUAUAAUUUGGGUAUUGUGGUCAAUGAGAGCGGUUCGCCUGAGGACGCACUCGAGCUGUUUGACAAAGCGCUAAGUCUGGACCCACACCACGAGCCGUCACUAUUGGCAUCGGCGCGGAUAAUACAGGAUCAAGGGAUGAAUCGUUUACAUGAUGUGGCCAUCGAUAGGCUUAACACGAUUAUUGAGUUGGGAAAGGCUGAUGAAACGGUGUAUUUCAAUUUGGGAAUGUUAGUCAUCAAAAAUGGACGGUUCGAUGUCGGCAAAUAUCUGCUCGAGAAAGCCAUUCACAUAAAAAGUAAUUUCUCAGAAGCGCUCUAUAAUAUGGCUUUACUUUUGUAUAACGAAGAAUACCCGCAACCCUUACAAGCCGUCGACUAUUUAACCAAACUUUUGUCAACCAAUAGUCAACACAUCAAAGGACUACUUUUAUUGGGCGACAUCUAUAUUGAGUACUUUAAUGACUUGAAGAAUGGAGAGAACUGUUACCACAAGAUCUUAAGUAUUGAUUCGACUAAUGUGUUCGCUCAGCACAACCUCUGUGUUGUUCACGUCCGACGAAAACACUUUUAUGAAGCCAUUGAGUGCUUCGAGAAGAUCCAGGAGAGUAACAUCGGGUCCGUCAAUGUUGAACAUCACCUCAAACUAACCAGAAAUCUACUUCGCGAACAACUCAGGAAUGGUAGCAAUGAAUUCAAGUUUCUCUUAUAAUUCAUUAUCAGUUAAUUAUGUGAUUGUUUGUCAAAAUUGGC